CGCCCCUGUGUUUACAAUCCAGGUUGAUUUGUCAUCGCAACUGUCACUGAGUUUUUAGGUAUUAACUGAACACUGUUUUAUAUGCAAGUUUUAAAACACCACAUUUUUCAAAAUGGAUUACGGGAAGAAAUCACCUACUAGGGGCACACCUUCUGUGUAUUCACACACAACUUCCAGAAGUAAUGCUAAUCUACACAGAUCUUCUAGGAGUUUAAAAUCUUUAAAGAUACCUUGGUACCAAAAGCCCCUUGUACAAGAUGCCAUAUUUUUAGAUGUUCAACGUGCUUCCUUAAUUGCAGCUAUAUUUUCAUUGUUGCUGUCGAUUUUUACUAUAAUAACUGCAUGUUUUGAUCUAUAUUGUUAUGCUAUGGCUGCCCCAGGUUCUACACACUAUGGAUACUAUGUUAUAUCUUUCCAAUUUGUAUAUGUAGGAAGUAGACACGUAAGAAACACACUAGUGAUGUUUGCUGGUUUUUCCAUUUUACUUUCAAUGGCUGUCUUUGUUACUAGCAUUAUGUUGAUCAAUGCUCUAAGAAAGGAAUAUGAAAAAAGAAUGCAACCAUGGAUAUAUACUUUUGCAGCCUUUACCAUAUUCCGAUUUCUUGCAUUCCUCUUCUUCUCCAUAGUAAAUGAUAUGAUUUUUGCUUACAACAUUAUAAUGUGCCUUUUGUGGAUCAUAUUUCUUGUGCUAAGCGCAUAUGGAUGGGUUUUAGUAUAUUCUUUGUAUAUUGAGCUCUCUGAGUUGACCAGGUUAGAAGAUUUGGCUCAUUUAAGGAUGGGCACCAUGCAGUCCCUAAACACAUCGACAGCCCCGUCUCUGGCGGGCUCUCGCCCAACGACCCCACACAGUACAGUUUCGACGAUGCCUGUUUAGAAGAAAUACCGCUGGACACCACGCCCGCUUAUUGGCCGCAAAGGUCCAAACCGCCCGUCGUCUCUACGAUAUAUUAGACUAUUAUCUCAUCUGUGUUGAUCUAAAAUGUUUAAAAGUGGUGGCAAAAUUUAUUUUUUAAGCUUUAGUAAUCGAUGUAUCGUUAUUCGGGCACAGAAUAAGAAAUGAUCAGGAAAUUUAUAGGUACGAGCAACUGAUUCGCGCAGACAGCUUACGUCAUUCUUUAGCCAGCUCUAUAGCGUCGUGGUAUAGUUGAUUUUUAUAAUAAAACACUGACGUAUCAAUGGAGAAUUCAUUAAUUUACCUAAACGAAUGAUUUAACACAUAAUGUUACCUGUUUAACAUAUAGGGGAUAAAUAUAUUCUCGUUAGUCAUCUGUCAAAUUCACUUUGGACAUUGUAGCUAGUAGUGUGACGUCAGUUCCGUCGUUUAUUAGCUGCAUAUAAGUUUAUUAUAUCGAUUUGAAGUAAUGUUGAGUGUAAUUCAGUAUUAACAAAAACAUAAUUUAGAAGACACGUCAUCAA